AUGAGUCUCUUCAUCACCAGGGCUCUUGCCCUCCUCACCCUCUCAACCCUGACCCUCGCCCAAGACGAAUCAAAGGGCGACGGCUACGUAGGCUAUCAGCUCAACCGCCGCGGCGAUGACAACGAGUCCGCCGUCUACGAAACGGCUAACACAAAGACCGGCAUCGACACGCUCAACCCGAUCCCGGACGUGUACCUCAACGCGUCCCUCUCGGUGGGCGAGAUCAGCAUCGAGGUGCAAAACAUCACCGCAAAAGUGAACCUCGACGCCAAAGUCCUGAACCUGCUGCACUUUCAGGCGGGCGUGGACGCCAGCAUCGACCGCGUCAAGCUGGGCAUCUAUAACGUCUCAGCCAAGGUCGAGCUCGAGGCGCGGCUGGAGAACGUGGUGAAGAUGGUAGACGACGUGCUCACUAGCAUCGACCUGAACCCCGUCAUCGCGACGCUGGGUGAUACGGUCAGCGACAUUGUCAACAAGACCGUCGACGUCGUCACGGAUCCCGUGGAGAGCACCGCAUCGUCGGUAGCGAAGCGCGACCUGACAUUCCGCCUCGAGCACAACAUCCUCUACUCGGUCAAUGACUUCUCGGGCCGCACGCAUACGAACCGCGUGCUGGCGCAGAACGGAAGUCUGUUCGACGUCUACCUCGACAACAGCGGCAACGAGAGCGGGCGCAAGGUUGUCGGGCUCUACAGCCGCGACAUGACGUUUAGCGGGCACAACAAGACCAUUUCGAUUGAUGGGCAGGUCAAGGAGUUUGAGCUGCAGUACGUGUAUGCGCCGUACCCCGGCCUCGAGGCGUUUAGCAAUAUCUACCUGGAUACCACGGGCAAGGUCGUGAGGACCAAGAUUGUGGCUGAGGCGGAGGGAGGGGGCACCGCGACAAUUAGCAAUGAUGAUGGGAGUAGUCUAUAG